ACGCCGUCUCGGCCAAUGGGCGCGCGGUGCUCGAGCGAGCCGCGCGCUCAUUGGCUCGGCGCCGCCAAUGAGAGUCAAAGUGAAAACCAGCUGUCAGAGCGGAGCGAGCCACAGUCGAUUGUCGGCCGGGUUAGUGUCAAGGAAUCGCGUCGGUCCAACUGCGAGAAGGCGAUGACCGGCGACCAGAUUGCCGACGGUCCCAAAUCAAGACUGAAUCAAGUUUUCCACAAAAUCUCUUGGUCGGAGAACGGCGAGAAGAUGACGGACGGCGGCGUUUUGGCCGAGAAAAAGGCCGCCCAAAAUGGACUGGUGCAACGGGAGGAGCUUUGCCCGUGGGACUCUGACGAGUGUUUGGACGGAGCGGCUGUGCUAGCCGGCCGCCUGGAGGAAGCCCUUCGCAGGGCCAAGUCUGAGCAUUUGUCCUGCGGCGAGGUCCUUCUUCCGGCGACCCUUCUGCCGAGGGUGGCGCGAGACGUGGCCCGACUGGCCGAGGACGAGCCGUGCGGCCUCCGAGGCUGCCGGCUGGUGCUGCAGCUGGACGACGCCAAGCGGCCGCUGGGCUGCGUGCCCUGCGAGGCCGUGGCCACCUUCGAGGUGUUCGUCACCCUGAGGCAAGACCUGAGCCCCUGGCAGGCGCUGCUGCCGCAGUUCCUCAAGAGGAAGGCGCCGCCGAGCACCGUGGUGCUCAGCCCCAGCUACGAGGUGCGCAAGAGGAAGCUCUUCAGAUAGAGGAGGCCCUUCCUGGCGCCCGACCUGAGAGUACGUGAUGACCCUGAUCUCAACCAAGUAUUCUGCGACACUCUGCGCAGCGCAAGCAAGAGAGAGAAGAGAGGACCUGAAUUUUAUACAUUGUAUAAUUAAUGAGAGAAAAAAGAAAUAAUAAUUGAAUAUUUUAAAUGGAUUCACUACUAAAGUGCCGAGCUUGAGAGUCGCAAGCCUCGGACGAUACUGAAGAUUACAUUGCUGAUUGAAAAAUGAUGAUAAUGAUAAUAAUAAAUGGAAAAUCGAUUUAUAUGUUUAAAUACGAAA